AUGUCGAGGAUAUGCGUCGUUCCUGAAAAAACGCUGCGGCAACAUGAUGCUCGCAUCGGCCCGGUGCGACGCACCAGGCGCCCCUUUGCCCCACAGAACAGCCCCCGCCGCGGGCAAAAGCGUGGAUCGGGUGUCGGCGCCGCGCACCACCGAGCUCGUAGCAACCAGGCGAGGCAGAGCGAGCAGCGUUGUAUCGCGCGCCGGCAGUGCUGCAGCAACAGCAGCAGCAACAGCAGCUGGAGCGGGCGGAGGCCUGCGCUAGGCUUCAAACGCGAGCGCGGGGCGUCGCUAGCGCCGCCGCCCCCGCCGGGCCCGGCGCGCCUGCUGACUGCGCAAAGGGCCUACGUGCGCCGCCAGCUGACCGGGGCCGAAUCCAGCACGGGCUGCCGCUCAACAUCUGAGUACGAGCUGAUCGCCUUCACCACUUCACCGUCAGCCGCGUGGUACCCGGUGGAGCUGGGCUGGGCAAGGCGCUGUGAUGGAGAAGCAUUCGGCUUCAAGCCGCAAGGACCUGCUGGAGGCGCUGGUGCGCGCAUCGACACGCUCAACCGCAACGCGAGCGCCCGCUUUGGCGCCGAGUGGAGUCGCUCAACGCCGGCUGCCGCCGCGGCAAGUACACCGCUGGACGACUUUCUGAGGGCUGUACCGCCCAGCCCACCCACGGCACCCAGUCGAAUGUACUUCACGCACCAAGCCGGCGCGGCGCGGGCGCGCCUCCGCAACGCGCACGAGUCGCACGCAAACGGCGUACACCAACGUGACGCUAUGCGCCGUUCGCCCCGCUGCAGCCCGUCGCCACCGAACGCUGCCGGCCGCCCCGCGAGAAGGAAAUCAUCCACAUCACCUGCCGCUGUCGGGCCGCACCGCCACCUUCCAGAGCUUUCAUGGACAAGUUCCUGCCGUGGGGCGGAGAAAGGCGUGGACCACCCGGCGGGCGGCGGCGGCGACGGCGGGCGGCGGGGGCUGGCCGCCGCCGCCGCGGCCGCCGCCGCCUCCGGAGGCGCGGCGGCGGGAGGCGACGUGCUGCUGUUCAUGUGCGACGUGGAGAUCGUGUUCAGCGCGCGCUUCCUGGACCGCUGCCGCUGGAACACCAAGCCCGGACGCAAGGUGUACUACCCGGUGGUGUUCAGCCUGUACAACCCGCACGUGGUGUACACGCUGCAGGGCAAGGAGGUGCCCUCCGAGACGGACCAGCUCGUCAUCUCGCGCGACACGGGCUUUUGGCGGGACUUCGGCUACGGCAUGACGUGCCAGUACAGAGGAGUGUACAGGCAGGGUCCACUAACUACUCGAAAUUAUUCCUAA